AUGAAUGGUUUCCGAGAUGUUUGUUCAUCAAGUGGUCCGGUGAUGAUCGGAGUACCACCAGCUGACGAAGACGAAGACGAAAACGCAGCUCUGUCGUCGGAGGAUUCGUCUUGCCCGGACCAGUCGGUGUCAGGGACAGAGGCAGAGCUCGACCUAGCUCUGGGUCUUAGCAUUGGUCUGAAUAGUCGUCGGAAUCACUCAAAGGUUCGGUCUUCUUUGUCAUCUUUGUCUUCCUCGUCGUCUUCUCUGACCAGAGAAAGUGGAACCAAACGGUCUGCUGAUUCUUCUGUGGCUGCCUCAAAAGGACACGUUGCGGUAGGGUGGCCGCCUCUACGGACUUACAGAAUCAACAGUUUGGUCAACCAAGCAAAGUCCUUGGCCAAUGAAGACGGCUUGAGUUCUGACAUUCAAAAGUACACAACGAAAAACGGUGUGGUGGCUACGAAGAAGGAUGAUGCUCGCUUCAUCAAAUCAUCCAAGACUCCAAUGCUUGUGAAGGUGACAAUGGACGGAGUUAUAAUUGGAAGGAAGAUUGAUCUCAAUGCUCUUGAUUCUUAUCAAGGCUUGGCCAAAACUUUGGAGCACAUGUUUUUCCAGAUACCUUCUUCUGUGGCAAACACACAAGGAUGCAGGACAAUCAAGGAAACAAAUGCUUCGGAAUUGCUGGAUGGCUCAUCGGAAUAUAUCAUAACGUAUCAAGAUAAAGACGAAGAUUGGAUGCUUGUAGGAGAUGUUCCUUGGCAGAUGUUCCUCGGGUCCGUGAAAAGAAUGAGAAUCAUGAGAACAUCAAGUGAAACCGGAGUUGGUAAGUAUGGAUUCUUAUACAUAGUAAAAGCAACCUUGUUUCAGAUCGUGCAAAUGAUGGUACGGAGAGAUAAAAGGAGACAAGAACAGACAUAG